AUGUCGGAGAAAGUAUUCCCAGCUUCGAAACCGGCGGCAAAUGGCACGGCCGGGACCAACGGCGCCGCCGCCGCCCCGGCCUCCGCCGCCACCACCACCGUCCCCAACCCAACUGCCGCCACUAACAAAUCCCACCUCUACAACCCAACUUCACGCCUGCCGUACCGCCCCCAGCCCCACAACCGACGGCGCCGAACGCGGAGCGGGAGGAGCAUCUGCUGCUGCUGCUGCUUCUGGACAAUUCUCGUGAUCCUCCUGCUCCUCCUGGUGGCCGCAAUCGCCGGCGCCGCGCUGUACACCCUCUACCGCCCCCACCGCCCGGCCUUCUCGAUCCCGUCCCUCCGAAUCCACCGCCUGAAUCUCACGACCGCCGCCGACUCCGCCACGUCCCACGUCUCCACGCUCCUCAACUUCACGGUCAUCGCCAAGAACCCCAAUUCCCACCUCUCCUUCUCCUACGACCCAUUCACCGUCAGCGCCUCCUCCGGCGACGUCUUCCUCGGCAACGGGACCCUCCCGGCGUUCUCGCUGAGCAAGAAGAACGAGACGAGCCUGAGGAACGUGGUGGUGUCCGGGUCGAACGAGGUGGACGCGGAGUCGGUGAACGGGCUCAGAUCGGAUCUGAAGAAGAGGAAUGGAGUGGCGGCGCUCAAGAUUCAGCUGGACACCAAAGUGGUUGUGAAGGUGGGGAAGGUGAAGACGAAGAAAGUGGGGAUUCGGGUCACCUGUGAGGACAUUAAAGGGACGGUACCGAAAGGUAAGGCUCCUCCCUCUGUUGCUGUAACUGCUGGGUCCAAGUGUAAGGUGGAUCUGAGAAUCAAGAUCUGGAAGGUCACUUUCUGA